CCAUAAUUAUUAUAUUAAAAAGAUGUUACUUUUGCAAUUAGUGACUGCUUUGCUAAUAUUCGGCUCCGUUCGUUCCAUGGACCCAGAAGGGUUGAAUGACGGCGAAAAAAAGGAGUUCGAUCGAUGCAUUCAAGAGGAAGCCAAAAAAGGUCCCGAUCCUGAAGGGUCGUGCAGACAUCAUUGUUACUUGAAAGCUAUAAAUGGGAUUGGGACUGAUGGGAAGAUCAUUGUAAAAAAUAUUUAUGAAAAGACUUGGAAUCGUAAGACAAAGGAUGCUUCCGAUGCGGUACCUCAAAGUAAUCAAAAAGAAAGCAAAGAAUUUGGAGACAAGUUUUUAAAAGCUUUAGAGGCCAGUUGCUCAUCCGUGAAGGCCACAGGAAGGUGCGAAUUAGGCAAAAAGGUACCAGAAUGUGUUGCUAAAACGUUUGAAAAUCUUGAAAAAGCGGCAUAAGUGUAACAAAAUGUAAGAUGAAUAAGGAAAAAAGAUUUAAAUGUAUACAUUUAUGCAUGUAAUAGAAAAUUUAAUUAAAAUUUAUACUUGACACAAA